AUGACGAAAGAUUCCCAUACAUUGCAAAAAGGUGCUGUCGUCCAGCACAUCGCCAAAGCCCACAACAUGAAAGGUCAACUGCCUGUAGGGAGCAUGGGAUGUUUGGCAACAACCAUUCGUUUCGUCACGCUGAGCCGCCGAACGCUGUCGAAUGAACUGCAAGAAACCGCCAUGUCUAGAGUUCUGCGAUCUCUCUGUGUGCCUUUUGUUGCAGUGCAGGAAACACGCAUGAGGGAUCGGCCCGUCAUCAGCAUCGAAAAUUACACCAUAUACUGCGGCGAUGCUGAUGAGAACAAAGUAGGUGGCUGCGCGAUAGCUGUGAGGAACGAUUACAAGAACCUGGUGGAGGAAUUUGGCUCAAUAUCGUCUAGAUGCGCCUUUCUACGACUGCGGGAUCGCAGAGGACGAAAAAACUGGAUCGUAAGUGCUCACGCACCUACGGAAACCGCUGAGGACAACAGUAAGGACGCCUUCUACGAUGAAAUGAAUGCGUUGAUGUCUAAAUUACAUUGGUCAUUGUCGGAAACAACGCAAAUGCGAAGAUCGGAUUUGAACAGCAAUCCAAUGUGCUAG